AUGACACCUAUCCAAGUACUAUUGGAAGAAGCCGAUCGGCCUCGAGAAAUAUUGAUAUUCCACGAUACCGGCGGUCUUUCAGAUCACGGCCCUGCAGAGUUGAAAAGGCCAUAUCUACAGGUAGCUGAUGCGUUUGUAUUAGUGUAUUCGGUGGCUGAUCAUGAAUCAUUCAACCGAAUGGAUUUAUUGAAGAAGUUCAUAGAGAAGCAUUUUGGAAAAGAUCGGAAAGAGGUACAGCUUGUUUGCAUACAUAUUUUCAUGUAUUACUGGUAU